CCGCGCGUCGCGACGGUGUCGCCACAUCUCUACAACUCUUGCCCGAUCGUUCACUGCGAUCACGCGAAUCAGUGAAAUGUGUGCCGGCAUCCUCAUCGAAUAUGUACACCGUUGAGUUUUAGUUAAGCGGAUCUGCUUUUCGAGAACCCGUCAGCGGGGUGUAGCUGUCGUCGAAUUACCUUCGCAAUCUUUCUGGGAAGAUUGUCGUCCCGGCUAUAAGUGACGCACACAAUGGCAUCGUUGAGGCUGUUGGUAGGGGUGACGAGUGCCAUAGGCGCCAGUGCCCUCACCUCUUAUAUGUUAAUGUACGAUGUAUAUACGGAAAAAAUGACGAGGCCGGCGAAAAGGCCGUUGCCAACGCGUGAGGAACAGGUGAAAGCCCUGAAAACCCAUGACGAGUAUGAUGUUCUUAUUGUUGGCGGUGGUGCAACUGGUGCUGGAUGUGCAUUGGAUGCCUGUACACGAGGGUUGAAAACAGCAUUGAUCGAAGCUGAUGAUUUUGCAUCGGGCACAUCUUCCAGAAGUACAAAGCUGAUUCAUGGUGGAGUACGUUACUUACAGAAAGCUAUCAUGCAAUUGGAUGUCGAACAAUAUAAGAUGGUCAGGGAGGCUUUACAGGAACGUGCCUCCAUGUUACACAAUGCGCCUCAUUUGGCUCAUCCUUUACCAAUUAUGUUGCCUGUUUACACGUGGUGGCAAAUUCCUUAUUACUGGUUUGGUAUUAAGAUGUACGAUAUAGUUGCUGGAUCAAAAACAGUCAAAUCAUCAUACUUCCUCAGUAAAUCUAAUGCACUAGAGCUGUUUCCUAUGUUGAAAGGAGAUAAACUUACAGGAGCUAUUGUCUAUUACGAUGGUCAGCAAGAUGAUGCCAGGAUGAACUUAGCAGUUGCUCUUACCGCAUCACGACACGGUGCAACUGUAGUGAAUCACGUUACAGUUGUUAAUCUCUUAAAAGGUCUUGAUAAGGAUGGCAAUCGAGUACUCGUUGGUGCCCGUGUCAGGGAUGAACUCUCCGGAGAGGAAUGGGAUGUAAAAGCGAAAGCAAUAAUAAACGCUACCGGUCCUUUCACGGACUACAUAAGGAAGAUGGAUGACCAAAGCGUGAAAGAGAUUUGCGCGCCGUCGUCUGGCGUUCAUAUCGUUCUUCCUGGUUAUUACAGUCCUGAUCAAAUGGGUCUGCUGGAUCCAUCGACCAGCGACGGCCGAGUGAUCUUUUUCCUACCUUGGCAGAAGCAAACGAUCGCAGGAACGACCGAUUUGCCCUGUGAAAUAACGCAUAACCCCCGACCGACUGAGGACGAGAUCAUGUUCAUUUUACACGAAGUCAAGAACUACCUGAACCCGGACGUUGAAGUUCGUCGAGGAGACGUGCUAUCCGCGUGGAGUGGUAUCAGACCCCUCGUCUCCGAUCCGAAUAAACCGAACACUCAAUCGCUCGCUAGAAACCAUAUUGUACAUGUUAGUCCUACGAAACUAAUUACGAUAGCUGGAGGCAAAUGGACCACUUACAGAGCAAUGGCCGAAGAAACCAUUGACUCCGCUAUCAAAGCUUGCUCUUUGGAACCGGAAAGACCUUGUCAGACCAGAGAAUUACUUCUGGAGGGUGCUCACGGUUGGAGUCCUACCAUGUACAUCAGAUUGGUACAAGAUUUCGGACUGGAAUGCGAAGUAGCGCAACAUUUGGCUAAGAGUUACGGAGACCGUGCAUUUGCCGUAGCAAAAAUGGCUUCCCUCACUGGCAAACGAUGGCCAAUCAUUGGCCAAAAGAUCCAUCCCGAAUUUCCAUAUAUCGAUGCCGAAAUUCGUUACGGAUGUCGCGAAUACGCAAGAACAGCAAUUGACAUGAUUGCACGAAGAUUGAGAUUAGCGUUCCUUAACGUUCAAGCGGCCCAGGAAGCUCUUCCAGGUAUCAUAGACAUCAUGGCGGAAGAACUGCAUUGGUCAGCCGAGGAGAAAAAGAAACAGCACAAAUUAGCCAGCGACUUUCUUGCCAACGAAAUGGGUUCGAUGGUUAAUCGUGCUUCCCGGGACAAGAUUCCUAUCAAUCUCACCAAAGAAGAAAUACAAUUGUACAUCAAACGCUUCGGAAUCAUUGAUAAGGAUAACAAAGGAUACGUAUCCAUUAAUGACAUCAGACGAGGACUUAAGCUAUUCGGUGACAAGGAAGUACCUGGCGAAGAGCUUCAUGAAAUACUACGCGAAAUCGACACUAAUAUGAAUGGUCAAGUCGAAUUGGAUGAAUACCUUCAGAUGAUGUCAGCCAUAAAAUCUGGACAUGUAGCAUACUCUCGUUUCGCGAGAAUGGCAGAGAUGGAGGAGGCGCAACAUGAGAAAGAAGUAUUGAAGAAACAGAUCAGUGUGGAGAGAUCGGGUGGUGGUCUGUGAAGAGGUUCAAAGUAUGCAGCGUCAUAUCAAAGUAAACAUUUGCAAUGUGAUUAACACAUUGAAACCUCUGCGACAAACUGUUUAUUAUAGGAUUUUUAUUCACCCUGAAGUUCAAGUGUAGCUCGAUCUAGUACAAAUGUUCCAGAAUCGCAAUGAUCACUUGUAUUUCAUACUUUAUACAGCAACUUUUAUCUGCAAAUCAGCUUUCAAGCUCAAACAGAAAUUAAACAGCAUCCGUUAGAUUUUAAUAAUAAACAUGACAAAGUCAUCAAAGAAUUUGAACGUUAAUGUAAAUAUUUUGUGUACAUCUUAGGUACACUGAAUUAGCUGUGCCGUGCCUGUAUAUAUGUUUUCUGCAAAAUGCAGCACGCUCAAGGUAUAUCGAUGAUUGAUUAUACCGUCAUAUACUGAUCAUUAAAAUUUAUGUAAAAUUAUACAUUUGAUCUCGCAUUGUAAACUUCCAUAUGUAUGUAACAGACUUGCAACCCGUUACAGGGAACAAGCACUUUAACGAUCAUAAUCAUUAAAAUACUUCACGACUACAAAAAUGGAACACAAUGUAGUUUUGUGACCAAAAGCAAGUACCACGAGUAAUCUUGUCUCUUGGUACGUUACAUGUAAUAGUCAUGUAUUACGGGUUAACUUAUGCCAUACUACAAUUUUAUUUUUAGUAUUUGAUGAGAUGACCUAUUUAUAAAUUAUAUUAAUUGCUAAUGUAUGCUAGAAUCAAUCUAUAUAUCACCAUUAUUUAAAUAACUCCUUAUUUAAUUUAUUGCCUCUAACAUUGCGAAGUCACAACAUGUACACCUCUGUUAGAGAUUAAUUUAUUUCACUAUCAUCAGUCAUUAUCAUUGACUUAAUAAAACUCAUAUUAAACUAUCA